AUGCAGAUGAUGGUGCGAGAACUGCUGGCACUUUGGAGAGAACUGGGCGCCACUUGGGGCGAAGUUGCAGAGACGAUCAGGCUGGCAGAAAGCUGCAACCUGAGGUUUACUUCCGCUGCUUUUCCGUUUUCCGGCAGAGGAGAUCGCUAG